UAUGUCCAGCACAUCAUGCUUCCUGUCUCAUUAAUAUCAUAAUUUUGUUAUGGUCUCUUAUUUACUUGCUUCCCACCUACUACUACUAUUACUACAAUUUCACACUUUUGCUAAACCUUGCUUCAUUUCAUUCCCCACUAUGGCUACCUGCGUUUUCUUCUUCUUUUUCACAAGCUUUAUAACUUUUUCUGCCUUCUCAACUCUCAUGGCCUCCCCGCCAUCACCCGAUUUGAUCAGUUCGUCGUGCCAACACGCCUCAUAUCCAAAAGUUUGCUUCAACACACUUUCGGUCUACAAAGGACCAGUCACCACCCCAAAGGAGCUAGCAUUGGCCGCGAUCAAAGUAAGCAUCUCUCGAGCAUCCAAGGUGUCACAUUUUCUUUCUAGUAUGCAAAAGGAAGCGAACAAACGAGAGAAAGGUGCAGUGAAAGAUUGUGCAAGCCAGAUAUCGGACUCAGUUGAUGACUUAAGGAAGACCUUGGGUGAAAUCAAGAAGCUUAGAAGGAGUACCUUUAGGUGGCAAAUGAGCAAUGCGGAAACAUGGGUCAGUGCAGCAUUGACUAAUGAAGAUACUUGUCUUGAUGGGUUUAGAGAAAUAGAAGGCAGGGUUCGGUCUGAUGUCAAAAAGAAGGUCACUAGUAUCGCGAAAGUCACUAGUAACGCUCUUUAUCUCAUCAAUCGUCUAGAUCAUCCUUAGCCCGGCCAAUGAUAUAAGUUAUAUCUUCUAUUCUCAUUAUAUAAUUAUAUAUCAUUUGAUAAGCAACUAAACUAAAGCAUCUGAAAGUUAAUUGUGCUAUAUAUAUGUUACUUGCUUGUUAUGUAUAAAUAUAUUUAUAUUUAUAUACAUAUAGUUAAUGUUGGUCUAAUCAUUUAACUAAUCUAUCUAGUUCUUGUUACAAAA